AUGGAUUCUCCUCGGCGGUCCGGCAUUGCUAAAACCUUUGUCCAAUAUCUUUUAAACCGAUCGCGGCGGGAGAUGACUCGCAUGAAAAUCACGGGUCCUGCGACAGACUCCUGUGUCGUUACGACCGAUGUCCAACUCACCAAGACGGGUCUAGUGAGCAGCACCAUCAGCCCCAUGGUCGUAGAUGUCAUGUUCAACGGGCACCGUGUUGCAAUGAUGCACCUUCCCGAGAUCAAGACAAGCACCCGGGGCGCCAAGUUCACGAUUCAGCAACAAAAGGUUCGAAUUCUCGACAAAACCCACUUCAAGGCAUUCUUGCAGAGUGUCAUAGCCGAUGAAGCUACCAGCAUACGGCUGGAGAACGGUCAAUGCACAGCCACUACACUAAACAUCAAGGUCUGCUGCAACUUCUGCCUCGAUAUUCCGAUCAAGGGCAUGGGCGGUCCCAAAGCCAAAAUUGCCUGGGUGGACCGCAGAGGAGACGACAUCAUGGUGUUGAUCAUGAUUGAGAACCCUGGUCCGGUCGAGCUGGAGCAUGGAACAACUAUAUUCGAGCUUCGGAACGAGGGUGAAGAGAUAAUGGCAUUGCUACGGGGCUCCUUGCAGAUCGCUCAAGGCACGUCCGAUUGCAUAUUGCGAGGAAAGCUUCGAGCAGGAGCUGCACCAACUUCGAUGAUCAAGCUAGUUGGGGUCUGCGCUGAGUCUGAGGACGCGGGUGCUUGGAGUCACGAGACUGCCCAAUACUUCGACUUGCUUCUGGCCGUGAAGCCGGAGUUCAUGCAGGUGUUAGGGAGCACCUUCUCCGACGUGCAUGCCGACACGAGCUCGGAAGAGCCUGAAAACCACACCCUUCAACCGGGCGGUUCCUGGCCGCCGCACACGCGACCCAUGAGCAACCCGUUCCCGUCGUUCUUCAGCAGCAAGAAGAAGAAACAGGACUCUAACGGUAGAGACCCUCCCGAUGUCAGCGUCUAUGAUGUCGGCACCAUGGCCGAAGCAAGCUCCAAGAAACCCACUCAACGACGACCCCCGGGAAGCAAGGACUUUGCAAUGGGCAACUGCAUGACUUGCUCAUCGCUUGUCAGAUGGCCCAAGGAGCUCAAGGUGUUCAAGUGCACCAUAUGUGCGUCCAUAAAUGAUCUUGUGCCGGCAGACAACAUCAUUCGGAGGAAGGCGUCCUCUGAACGAGGGUCUGGCUUUGGCCGCGACCCAGCUGCAACGCACCAGAGAGGCAAACCCAUCUCAACACAAUACUGCAAGCGGCUUGUGCGACAAUGCACCCACUCCUACCUUACCAGGACCCUCGGCGAGAAACUGGGUGCAAGUUCGCAAACUUGUAUGAACCCUUCGAAGCGCCCGUUACCGAACAACCGACAACCGCGGCCGACGGAUGCCAUGCAAGGUCACGGGAGAAUCUCUGCGGAGAAGCAUAUAUUUCCUGCAUUCAAUGGCUCCGCCUGCACGAAUGAUUCCAAGCACAUUGUCGACCAAGAGUUACCAGUACACCUGAACCCAUCACGCUCCAGAAGUCCAUUGCCUAGAUCAUACUCCUUAUCGUAUUCGGAAAACCCUGGGCUACGGCGCGAGACAUCGCAGGCCGCGUCGACUGGACCCCGUCGAAACGUAUCCACGACCAGCGACCCGGGGCCCAAGCGAAUCUUCAAGCCUCUCGAGGAAUAUAUCGUCGCUUGCUUCAGCUCGUUGGACUGUGUCAAUUCUUCUUUCAUGACGCCGGCCCCUCGGCCGCCCGGCCGGCAGGGAAUCGAUCCGCCGAUUCGCACAAAGCCCUUGAACCCCAGAGAAACACAGAUUCCACGGCAAGACGCCCACGAAACCACACGAGAUGCGAUGCAGACGGAGGACCUCGUUUCUGAGCUGGACCCAAAGAUGCUCCUGCUAGGUGACUUUGCGGAAAACGGCAUGUGGUGGACGGGUGGAGGCGGACCAAGUUCUGCAGCAACGGCGGACACAGCGACGAUGAAACGUGUCGCAUCGGCCAGCAGCACCUCCGUUCCAUCCAAGACGCCUCAAGUGAACUGGCGCGAACUGGAUGAUUGGUACUCCUCUGUCAUCAAUCCCGCUGAGGGAUGGUUCGCAGUCUAUGAGGAGGUUUCACAACUCUCAACUGUCGCCACACUCAGCGAGCGCGACCUCCAAGAUUUGGAAAGGGAUUUUCUUCAGGCACAAGAACAUGUGCAGCGGGUUUUGCUGAAAGCCACCGAGCUGCUGCUGAAACGACCAGGAAGACCCAUCUCGGACCCUGCAAACCUGCGCUUUCUGCUCAUCGCCCUGGAGAAUCCUCUUUUGUACUCCGAAGCCCCCCCAUUUCAGGGCAUACUGCAACCCGAUCAUGGCCCUUCUGUACCAAGCAAAGCCGUGUCAUCCGAAAACGCUUCAUUGCCCAGUUCAGGACUGUUGUCAGGGCAGCACUCUGGCGUCAUCAAACGCAUCAUCGGCAUCAUGUCAAACGUCUCGACCGAAUGCCACAACAGAAUGAUUGCCUGGUUUGCCAAGUAUCCCACUGCCCGUUUUACUCGGACCAAGGAGCUAAUUUCUGGCUUCUUGACGUAUCGAAUGCUGCGACAGAGUGAUAGAACCCUGCCGGCCGAGGUAGAUAUUACCGCCGGCUUGAUUCCGGAGAUGCCGGCUGGCAGAUCUGUUGGAGCUAUUCUCCACGCAGAAAUCGGUUCAAGCUCGAAGAGGGUCAAGGAACCAGGAAGGAUGAUUGCCUACUCUGAUGACUGGCAGAUUAAGGCCGCCUCUCGAGUCCUUGCCUUGCUGUUUGCGGCCAACAAUCUUCAAAGCGUUCGGCAUGGGGAUGAAGUGCUGUCGGCUUCCAACGAAGUCCAACCCCCCGCAGCUCGCGAUGGCGUCCGCGGAAGCGGCCAGUUGCUGCCGACCAGUGACUUUUAUAAUCUCAUGCUCGACAAUGCCGAUUUGGUGGGUGACUUUGAGGCGUGGGAGUCGAAGCGAGCAAAGUUUUCCUUCUGCCAGUAUCCAUUCCUGCUGAGCAUCUGGGCCAAGACGAAGAUACUUGAAUACGAUGCCCGGCGACAAAUGCAGAACAAAGCGCGCGAUGCCUUCUUUGACAGCAUCAUGACGCGCAGGAAUAUUCAGCAAUACCUGAAUCUGGAAGUCCGCCGAGACUGCCUCGUCGAUGACAGUUUGAAGGCUGUGAGCGAAGUCAUUGGCAGCGGCAGCGAAGAUGCAAAAAAAGCACUGCGAAUCACAUUCACGGGUGAGGAAGGCAUCGACGGGGGAGGUUUGCGGAAAGAGUGGUUCCUCCUUCUUGUCCGGGAAGUCUUCAAUCCCGAUCACGGAAUGUUUAUGUAUGACGAAGAUUCUCAUUACUGCUACUUCAACCCAAAUUCGUUUGAAACAUCAGACCAAUUCUUUCUGGUGGGAGUCGUCAUGGGAUUGGCAAUAUACAACUCUACCAUUUUGGACGUGGCGCUCCCGCCCUUUGCGUUCAGAAAGCUUUUAGCAUCCGCUCCAGCACAUGGCCAAGGUGCCUCGGCGCAUCCGAAGCCAACGAUGAAGUACACCCUCGACGAUUUGUCCGAGUACAGGCCGCGGCUGGCAAGAGGACUGAGGCAACUGCUCGAAUUUGAUGGGGACGUUGAAGAGGUCUUUAGUUUGAACUUUGUCAUUGACGUGGACAAGUAUGGGACCACAGGGCAGGUCCCGCUGUGCCCUGGAGGUGAGCGGAUGGCAGUGACGGCUGUCAACAGGCGCGAGUACGUCGACCUCUAUGUGCGCUACAUCCUCGAUGGUGCUGUCACACGGCAGUUUGAGCCGUUCAAAAGAGGAUUUUACACGGUUUGUGGCGGGAAUGCAUUCUCGCUGUUUCGACCGGAGGAGGUCGAGCUUCUCAUCAGAGGCUCGGACGAAGCCCUUGACAUUGCCGCUUUGAGAGCUGUUGCCGAGUACGACAACUGGGGCAGCCGACGGCCAGAUGGGGAGAGUCCCGUCGUUGGUUGGUUCUGGCAGACGUUCGAGGAGGCAAACCCAGAGGACCAGCGCAAGCUGCUUCUAUUCAUCACAGGAAGUGACCGCAUACCGGCCAUGGGCGCCGCCAUGCUGCCGAUUAAAUUGUCCUGCCUCGGCGAUGAUUGCGGUCGGUACCCGAUAGCAAGAACCUGCUUCAAUAUGCUAUCACUCUGGCUAUAUGGCUCCAAGGAGCGGCUGGAGGCUAUGCUAUGGAGAGCGGUGAAAGAGAGCGAGGGGUUUGGUCUCAAGUAG